AUGCAAUCUGAUAGACAGUUAUCUCCUACCAAUACUCCAAUGGGUGAGGAACAAAUUACAAAAGAAAUAAUUAAUGAAGAGUCAAAUAGUCAAAAGACUAAGGAAGAAGAAUUAAAUCAUACAAAAAUUAUGGAAGAACAACAAAAUACUAACCAGACAGAAAUCCCCCAAGUCACAUCUGUAGAUAAUAAUAACACAACUCAACUAGAAAAUGACCUAACAAAAGGAGAAAUAAUAGAAACAGACAGAAGUAUACAAGAAAAGAAAAAACCAACUAUUAACGAAGAAGAAUUAUUACAACAAGAAGAAACUAAAGAAAAACGUCAAGUAGAAAUUGAGAAUGAAACUGUUAAAAAGCCUCAUACAACAAAUAAAGAAAUUAAAACAACAACUUCUUUUACUAAACAAAAUAAAAAAGAAACAAAAGUAGAAAAAAGUUUUAAAAUAUUAUUAUUCUUUAAAAAUGAAUAUGGAGGAAUUUCCUCUCGACAGUCAUAUUUUUCUUUAGGUAAUAAAAUAAAAAAAUUACUUAAUACUAAAAAUGUAAAACCAUAUCAAACCAAAGAUUCUUGGGGAAUUGAUGACUUUUAUCAUUCAUUAAUGGAUUUAACAAUAGAAUCAAGAUUUAAUGUAAUGGAAAGUAGACAUGAUUAUGUUCAAUGGAUAUUUCCUACAUUUGUUAAAUCAAUGUUUAAUUGGAAUAGUUAUACCCUUGAUAAGGAAGAAGCAAAUUAUUUUAGACAAGAUAACCAAAUAACACUUAAAUUUAUUAGAAUGUAUCGUUUAUUUAUCAAUUUCUUAGGUGGGGAUAUUGUUGAUCUUUCAACAGGAAAAAUAUCACCACUACCUGAUGAAAAAAUUAGAAAAGAACGUUUUAAAAAUUUUAAUUGGAGUGGUCAUAAUUACCUUAGAGUUACUAGAAUCUUUAAUUCGCUUCAUGCAUUUGGUCUUAAACCUUAUAUGGAAUCUUUAUUUUCUUUCUUUAAAGAAAAUAUUCAACAUUUUAAGAAUUGUCGUGACUCAAUGGACAAUUAUUGGGUAAAAGCACUAAAUGCAGAUAGAGACAUUAAUAAAGAACCAGUUGACUUUGAAUAUUCUGAUAAUUCUAUAUUUACAUUAAUUAACAAAACAAUAGAAGAAUCAAAGAGUAAAGAAACUGAUUUGGUAAUGAAAAAAUUAGAAACUACACUUUCAAUAACUUAUUAA